AUGAACGGCGGUGGAAGAGGAGGAGGAGAAGGACCGUGCGGGGCAUGCAAGUUCUUGAGGAGAAAGUGUGUGAAAGGGUGCGUUUUCGCUCCUUAUUUCGACGCAGAGCAAGGGACUGCGAGGUUUGCAGCGGUUCACAAAGUGUUUGGAGCCAGCAACGCCUCCAAGAUGUUGCUGAGAUUGCCUUUGAACAAGCGGCUAGAUGCGGUCGUCACACUCUCUUACGAGGCCAUUGCUAGGCUCCGUGAUCCUGUCUACGGCUCCGUUGGCCAUCUCUUCUCUCUUCAACACCAGGUGAUGAGUCUACAAGCAGAGCUAGCUCAUGUUCAAGCUCGUCUUUCAACGUUUCAGAGUUUUUCUCUACAUUCAGCUCAAGAAAUGCAGCAGCCGCCUUUCGAUCCGACGCAUAACAAUGAAUAUCCGACAGAACCAAGUAACUUGGAUGUUAUGUGGGAAGAAGAACAAUUACCUCAAGCUGGAACUGAAGGUGGAGAAUUUCAAGAACUGGCGGCGAUGCAGUUUGUGUCUAAGUAUUUACCGGCGGUCAAACUUCCGGCUUGCACUUUCGGUUAG